AUGUUCAAAGUGGCUCGAGCUCCUUCCUGCACGCGCAUUUGGCAAUCCUCAAUUGUGGCCCGCAAUUGUCUGUCGCGUCCAGCACACCUAGACGCGCGUGGGGAAACUCAGGUCGAGCAACCUUCGUCACCAGACGCAACAGACGCCAAACUCCUUUUGAGUGCCCUUCGCGAUGCGCCAGGCCAACUCGAAGUUUCGCUUAUUCGAUUAACUCGUUGUCGACUUGUGCCUGUAAUUGUCUUUCAGCCAAGCCACUCUUGGCCACUUGACCUCUUCGUCAACCCUUUUCUCCUCGCGCGCCAACAUCGUGUGUUUGCGAUCGGCUCCCACAAACCCCUCAAGACUACAUCGCGCAUUACUUGUCGUCGCAUUUCCCGCGACACCUUUCCUGACAAGAUGGGGAAGCUUAUUCGCCUUGAGCUCUUUAACUUCAAGUCCUACAAGGGUCACCAUAUUCUGCUUUUUGGUGACUCUUACUUCACCUCUAUCAUCGGACCCAAUGGAUCCGGCAAGUCUAACUCCAUGGACGCGAUAUCCUUCGUUUUAGGUAUCAAAUCUUCACAUCUUCGAUCAGCUCAUCUGAAAGACCUUGUCUACCGAGGUCGCGUCCUCAAAACUUCCAAAAUCAAUGAUGACGGCUCUGCCGACACGAACGGACAAACAAAUGGUUACGCCAAUGGAGAUGGAGACGAAUUGUCGCAGAAGGCCUCUCGAAGUGACCCUAAGACCGCGUGGGUCAUGGCUGUCUACGAGGACGAUGCCGGCGAUGAACAGAAAUGGAAGCGCUCCAUCACCAACCAAGGUUCUAGUGAAUAUCGCAUUAACGACCGCGUUGUCACGGCUCAACAGUAUAACGAGGCCCUCGAGACUGAGAACAUUCUUAUCAAGGCUAGAAACUUUCUGGUUUUCCAGGGAGACGUUGAAGCUAUUGCUGCGCAAUCGCCACAGGACUUGACUAGGUUGAUUGAGCAAAUUUCCGGAAGCUUGGAGUAUAAGACCGAGUAUGAGCGACUGCAGGCUGAGGCUGAGCAAGCCGCUGAGAACCAGAGUUUCCAACUUCACCGGAGGCGUGGCAUAAAUUCUGAGAUCAAACAGUACCAGGAACAAAAGAAAGAAGCCGACAAUUUCCAGAAGAAGACAGAAGAAAGGGAUGAGGCUAUUGUCAAGCAUGCCCUGUGGAAGCUUUACCACUUCCAGCGGGGCAUGGAUGAGUCUACGGAGAAGAUCCACGAGCACCAGCAGGACCUACAAGAGUUCCAACGCAAUGUUGAGUCUUUCAGACGAAAACUUGAAACGGCUCAGAGAGAGCAGGCCGCUGCUGCAAAGGAAGUUCAUGGGGUUGAGAAGUCCAUCAACGCGAAAAAACGUGCUUUCGACGAGUUGGAGCAUCAGUUGAUUCCAAUCGACGCAAAGAUUGAAGAGAGAACUCGAAAUAUCGAACAGUGUCGUUUGCGCAUAGAACCAGUCCGCAAGGACCGCGACAAGCAGGCUGAGCUAAUCAAGGAAGAUGAGAACCGGUUAAAGACGCUCGAGAAGGCCCAGCAGCACUUUGAAAAGCAGCAUCGCGAACGUAUGAAGAAGCAGGGCAAGGAGUUGAGCGACACAGACCGCAAAGAGUACAACAACCUACGUUCUCAAGUCAUUACGAGAUGUGCCAGCAACCAAGCGAAGCUCGACAAUUUGAUUCGCCAGCAAAAGACGGACGAGGUUACAGUAAACACUCUUAAGGGUAAGGUGGACACUAUUUCAGCCGCCUUGGAAAAGUAUGAGGGAGAGCUCGAGACGAUUGGUGAACGCAAAUCAGCGACUGAGGCCAAUAUAAAAGCUCUGUCUCAGGAGAUCGAUAACAAGAAAAAACAAUACCAUCAGAUUCAAUCAGAGCGUGUCAGAACCAGCCAAAGGCGCACCGAGCUAGAGGAAAAGCUUGAAACUGUUGCUAAGCAACUUCGAGAAGCCGACGACGGUCGGCGGCAAAAUGACCGUGAAACCAGGAUGAAGGAGAUGGUCAACAACCUGAAGCGACUGUACCCCGGUGUCAAGGGCAGAAUUGGCGAUCUAUGCAAACCCAAGCAAAAGAAGUACGACGAGGCCGUUAGUAUUGCGCUGGGCCGAGACUACGAAUCAGUUAUUGUCGACACUGAGAGGACAGGUCAUGACUGUGUUCAAUACCUCAAAGAUCAGCGCUUCCCCCCCAUGACCUUUAUUCCACUAGACAAUAUCAAGGUUAAUGCGGUGAACUCGGCUAUCAAGGGCAUCCCAGGAGCACGGCUGACUAUCGACACUAUUGAUUUUGAACCUGCUUAUGAACGUGCCAUGGCGUACGCUUGUGGAAGCUCGGUUGUGUGCGACAGCGAGAAGAUCGCAAAGCUCAUCUCAUAUGAGAAGCGAAUCCCCGUCAAGACGGUUACCCUGGAUGGCUUAGUUAUCCACAAAACGGGAAUGAUGACUGGUGGCCGUGGACCGGAGCAGAAGGGCGGAAAGCGACGUUUCGAAAGCACUGAUCUUGAGAGCCUCAAGAAGAUGGCGGCCAAAUACAAGGAAGAAAUCGAAAAGCUUCCCAAGCCUGGUCGACGUAGCCCUGCCGAAGAAUCUUUACAAAUUGAAAUUCACAGUCUCGAGCCACGCCUCGCUGCUGCCAAAGCGGAGCUCACGCACCUGGAGAAAAACUACAACAGCAAGAAGAGAGAAAGGGACAACGAGAGCAGACAGCUUGACGAGCUCAAGCCCAAAUACGAGGAGAAAAAGGCGGAGCUUGACGCAACCAAGCGCACUGUCAAGGAAUUCUCAGACGCAAUUGCUCGUGUGGAGGAUGAAGUCUUCUCCGACUUUUGCAGGAGGCUGGGCUUCACCGACAUCCGCGCUUACGAAUCGGAGCACAGAGACCUGCAAAGAGAGGCCGAUGAAGAGCGGGCCAAGUUUGAAGUUCAAAAAUCCAAGUAUCAAAGUCAGCUCAAUUGGGCACGUGAUAUGCACAGCAACUUUGAAAAGCGACUAAAAAAAUUGCAAGAAGCUUUAAAAGCUUCGGAGCGCGACCUUCAGAUGUAUCAGCAGGAAAAGUCAGAUAUCGAGGAUGCCAGUCACGAGGUGUCAAACGAGCUCGAUGCGCUGCGCGAGACACUCGAGGAGUACUGUAUCGCAUUGGAGGAGAAAAACCAGAAGGUUUCUCAGGCCAAGGCCGAAGUUUACAAGCGAACAAAGGAGAUCGACGCCAGACAGAAGGAAAUCAACGCCUUAGAAACAGUGGUACAGAAAAACAGUGCCGGCAAGUUCGCGCUACUCAGACGAUGCAAACUCGAGCAGCUUCAGAUCCCUUUGCAGCAGGGCUCGCUAGACAAUCUGCCAAAUGAAGACAACCUCCUCCGGCAAGAUGCCGAUGCCAUGGAUGUCGAUGAUGAGGAUGACGAGGAGAUGAUGACCGCUGCACUGGAAAACCACGGUAUUGAAGUUGAUUACGAUGGUCUGGACGAAGAGCUAAAAAGCUCGAAUGAUCCCAGUGUCGAGGAUAGGUUACAGGAUAAGAUCGCGUCCAUUGCUUCGGAACUCGAGAAGCUCAACCCCAAUAUGAGAGCUAUUGAGAGGUUAGAGAGUGUUGAAUCUAGAUUGAAAAACACCGAAAAAGAGUUUGAAGAUUCUAGAGCGGCACUAAAGGCAGCCCGCGAUGCCUUUAACCACGUCAAGGCUCAGCGGUAUGAACUCUUCAACAAGGCCUUCACACAUAUUCAGGAGCAGAUUUCGCAUGUCUACAAGGACCUUACUCGAUCAGAAGCUUAUCCUCUCGGAGGUCAAGCUUAUCUGGAUAUUGAGGAAGACACGGACACUCCCUAUUUGUCUGGAAUCAAGUAUCACGCGAUGCCACCACUUAAGCGCUUUAGAGAUAUGGAGCAUCUAUCUGGAGGUGAAAAGACCAUGGCAGCCUUGGCCCUACUUUUUGCGAUCCAUAGCUAUCAGCCGAGUCCGUUCUUUGUCCUUGAUGAGGUGGAUGCUGCGCUGGAUAACGCCAACGUAGACAAGAUCAAGAAGUACAUCCGGGAGCAUGCUGGACCUGGCAUGCAAUUCAUCGUCAUCAGUCUCAAGACUGGUUUGUUCCAAGACAGCGAAAGUCUAGUUGGCGUUUACCGAGACCAAGAAGUCAACAGCUCAAGAACGCUUACUCUUGAUCUUCGAAAGUAUGCUUAG